CGCGGUUGCAGGUUUUAGUAGGCCAGUAUUAACGAACGCCGCCCUGCAUAAAACACAAACGUCAUUAGGUGCUUCAUCUUAUUCGAUUUGAAAUCAUCAAACAGAACUUUGAAAACCUGUCCGUCUUCAAAACCCAGCACAAAAGAUAUUAUUUAACCCCCCCAUCAUAGAAAAUAAAGACAGCCAUCAUGGCUACUAGGAGAAUCGUCGCCACAGAAAAGUCAAUCCUGGAAAAGGAUGAUCAUGUCGGAUCCAGCCCUGCCGCAAGCGAAAAGUCCAACAUCACGCCCGCAGUGCCCCUAGAUGUUAUUCUCAAGUUGUUGGCAUUCACGCUUGCUAUGGUCGUCAUUCCGAUCGGCUCCUACUUUGUCACUGUGAACUCGAUAUUCAAAGGAAACUCUACCUACGCCGGUGCCCUGGCCGCCAUCAUGGCCAAUGUCGUUUUGGUUGCGUACGUCGUCGUGGCCAUGAACGAGGACCAGACUGAGCAGGAAAAGGCAAAGGAAGGCAAGAAGGAUCGUUGAUUUAGUUUGUCAACGAGCAGGAAAAAAUGUAUAGCCUAUUUACUUGGAUACCCUUCAAGGUACCUGCCUACCUACUCGUGCAACGAAAUAGACGCGUCCGGCUUACUCGACGGAAUCAAUGCUUGAUCCUAUUGUUGCCUCUCGUUUACUCCGUGAUCGGUUUCUUUCAACCCUGUUCGACUCAAAUAACCACUCUUCUCUUGACUGCUCAUGUGUCAGGGGACUGCAAC